AUGUUCCGCUUCAACUUUGACGAGACCGCCGAGGCGACCAGCGCAGCGCCCGCGCCUCCGCCGAUCGCCAAGCGGCCGGCCAAGCUCCACACGGAGAGCUCGCUGCAGGUGUGCGACGACUACUUUAUGCCCGUGACCGUCGGCGGCGCCGACCUGGCCGUCGUCAACCAGCAGCAUCCGCUCUUUGUGCAAAACACGGGCGCGCUGCAAAAGCUCUUGACGACCCACGAUCUCGAGACCGGCGUCUACGAAGGCGGCUUCAAGCUCUGGGAGUGCUCGAUCGACCUCAUCGAGUACCUCCAGCAGCACCAGGCGGACUUUCCGAUCGGCGCCUGCGGGCUCCGGGUCAUGGAAUUGGGCUGCGGCCACGGCCUCCCCGGCAUCUUUGCGCUUCAGCAAGGCGCGUCGCAUGUGCUCUUCUCCGACUACAACAGCGAGGUCAUCGAGCUCGCAACGAUCCCGAACACAAUGCGCUGCGCCGGCGACCGACUCCAUCACGCGUCCUUCUACUCGGGCGACUGGGCCAAUGUCUCGGAGGCCAUGGCGGCCAACGAAGAUGCAUCAUACGACCUCGUCUUGACCGCCGAGACGCUCUACACGGAGGACGUGACGAUUUCUCUCUUGGCCAUGAUCAAGCGUCACUUGAAGCGGUCCGGCGUCGCGCUCGUGGCGGCCAAGACGUACUACUUUGGCACGGGCGGCAGCGUCCACCACUUCAAGGACCUCGUGGCGCGCGAAGGCGACAUGGUAGCGACGACGGUCUGGAACGGCAACGACUGUCGCUCCAACAUUCGCGAGAUCGUUCAAGUGACGUACAAGUAA